AUGCAGCUACGUGGCGCUUCAUCUGCCAGGAAUUUGUACCGUAAAAUCCUUCGACCCAAAACCCCAUGCGAUAUCUUUAUAAACCACCGAGGAAUUGAUACGAAGGAAAACAUUGCCGGGCUGCUCCAUGAUCAUUUCUUCAGGAUGGGGUUAAGGCCCUUCCUGGAUAGCCGAAACAUGAAGCCCGGUGACAGACUAUUCGACAAGAUCAAUCCCGCCAUUCGCAAUUGUAAAAUCGGUUUCGCAGUCUUUUCGCCCAAUUAUUGCGAUUCAUACUUUUGCCUCCAUGAGCUUGCUCUUCUCAUGGAGAGUAAGAAGAGGGUUAUACCCAUAUUUUGCGAUGUGAAACCAUCGCAGCUUCGGGUUAUGGAUUACGGUACGAGUUCAGUCGAGCAGCUGCAAAGGUUUAGCUGCGCUCUUGAGGAGGCAAAGUACACUGUUGGACUCACAUUUGACACUUUAACAGGGGACUGGUCGCAUUUCUUGAAUACUGCAACCGAUGCUGUCAUUGAGAAUUUGGCGGAGUUGGAAGCUGAAAAUUCAAUCAAGAAAAGUACAUAUAUUGUGCAGCGUCGUCGUGAAUGAAAACGAACAUUCUUUAUUCAUUAAGGCAUUAUAAGUUUUUGCCUUU